AUGAGUAUAUGGUAUUGUUUUGAAAAUUUUGUUGAAUAUGGUGUACAUUUUGAUGUUAGUACAGCUGCUGGGCAUAUUUUAACUGUUGGUUUAUAUAUCUUAAUUGGAGAUGGUUUUGAUACAGGUGUAUUUGGUAUUGUUACUCCUAAACAAUGGUUAUAUGCACAAGAUUUAGAUGUUAAUAUAUUAUCAUUAAGAGAAUCAGGUGAUCUUGAUAAUUUAAGACAAAAAUGGUUUCAAAUACAGAAUUGUCCUGAUUCAACUACAACAUCAACUGCAAUUGGAAUUGAAGCAGUAGGUGGAUUAUUUAUAACAUUUUCAGUAAUUAGAUUUUUAUUAUUAUUAUUAUUUAUAUGGGUGAAACGAUAUAAUAUUAAAAAUUAUUUAUCAACAUUGAUAUGUAGAAAAGAAUCUUCAAUUAAAGGAAAAUAUUCCAUGAAAACAAACUCAAAAGAAACUUGUAAAAAUGCACAAAAUCAUCAAAUGGCAUUGGCCGAUUUUCAAAUUUUUAAGCGAAAACUCUUUAUUUCGAGAAAAUAA